UUACAAACAAAGUAUCAAAAUUUAAAAAAGGAAAAAUUAAUUUUUCCAAAUAUCGAUUAACAAAUCUCGAAAUUGAAAUUGAAAUAGUAUGUCAUUUUGUCAUUCUGCGUUUCUGGGUAAAUAUAAAUUUCAAGUUUGCUUGAUACUUAAAAUUAUAACAUUUCGGUGCAACUACAAUGUUCAGUUAUAUAACGAAAAUCUCUUCGUUUGAGAUUUCGAUAAAAACUAUUAAACGAACGUUUAACGAUCUAGGAUUGAAUGAACAAUUUUCGAUCGCGAUAGAAAAAUGUGACUAUCGAUACGUUACAACAAUUUUUUAGAUAUCGACGAUAUCGUUAAAAUAGUAUUCGCGAGUAAAACUGAUUAAACUUUAUAUUGUUUUUCUUAUUCUUUUAUCGUAAAUAAAAAUAGGAUAGGAUGUUUAUCUCGAAAUAAAAAUAGAAAUAGACUUUUUUGAAGAAUUACAUUGUCUAUUUUUAUCCCGUGUUACUACUGUUAAUCGAGAUUUUGAACGUUAUAUCGAAUAUUUAAUAAAAUCGUUAACCGUCGUUCCACUUAUUUUUAUCGAAUUUUAAUCGAUAUCAUCGUUCGAUAUCCACGUCGAUCUCGAGAGAUUUGGAACGAAUCGACUGUCCUCUUCGAUAUCUAUAACGAAUUAUAAAUCGAUAUUUAUCGAUAAUCGAUUUAUCUCACGAUCUCGAAAGAAUCGGCGAAUCGAUCGUCACCAUCGAUAUAUCUCAACGAAUCAUAACGAUAUCACCACAAUAUUACUCGAAUAUUACUCGUUAUAUCGAAUAUUUAAUAAAAUCGUUAACCGUCGUUCCAUUUAUUUUCAUCGAAUUUUAAUCGAUAUCAUCGUUCGAUCCACGUCGAGAUUUAGAACGAAUCGACUGUCCUCUUCGAUAUCUAUAACGAAUUAUAAAUCGAUAUUUAUCGAUAUUCUCACGAUCUCGAAAGAAUCGGCGAAUCGAUCGUCACCAUAUAUCUCAACGAAUCAUAACGAUAUCAUCACAAUAUUGUCACAAUUCUAGAUAACGAUCGUCGCCGAUUUCGAGAUAUUUAGAGCGAAUCGAAUUUGUCUUCUUCUUAACGAUAUUAUCACAAAUCACGAUUCGACUUCUCAACGAAUUAUAACAAUAUUACAUAACGACAUCGAUAUUGCCAAUAACCCUUAACACGAUAACAAGUCACAACUCUAUAAAUCAUCCAUAAAGAUACCGAUUUCUAGAGAUUUAAAACGAAUCGAUCAUCCUCAACCCGACACGACUUUAACAAUAUCAUAACAAUAUUAUCUCGACUUUUUCUCGGAGAACGAUAUCGAUAUCCUCGCAACUCUAGAUCGUCCGAUCUCGUUGGAGCGAAUCGACAGCCUCCCUCGAGGUGAGUCGCGGCCAUGUUACCAUGUUUGGCGACCCGCUCCCAUAAAAUUUCUCGACGGCGGCCGGUCGCGCGCGUCCAAAUGCACGCUGCGUACGUUUCGCUCCUCCGACUGGCAGCCUACUCUCCUACCGGUUCGAGAUAAAUCGCGUCCACGUCGCUUCUCUCUCCGAGCGCGCGCAACAGCCACCGCAGCGCAACUUCUAUCCAACUGCUAUUAGAAAACGAGCAGAAAAGGAGGGGAGGGGAGCGCGCCACACUCUAUCGAACCAUCUCCCUUCUCCUCUCUCUCUCUCUCUCAGAAAAGCUCGAGUGCGUCGAGAGAGCGCAAGGAUUCUUUCCUUUUUAGAGAGAGAGAGAGAGAGAGAAUCCUUGUUCUCUUCGCGAAAGACGUGUGCGAGCACGAAGGUGUUAAAAUUUUAAUGAUUCUCGUUAUUAACGAGAAAUGAAGAAAGGAAAGGGACGUUAAAGGAAUGUUAAAAAUCUCACCUUUCGUUUCUUCUUCUUGUUAAUACCCAAUAGUUUGGAAUUAAUUAACGAAUUCGCGGAAUUUGAUGGAGUUGAUACGACGAGCCGUUUUCAGCAAGAAAAGACAGCAAUAAUCUCCUAACAAUUUUCAUCUUUUAGCUUUCUUUGGAAAGAAGACUUUUGAAUCGAGAGCCGAUUUCUAAUAUCGUAAAUACACGUUUAUCGAUUAUUCCACGCGGUUAUCUCUUAAGCUAAUCGAGGAGGAAAGCGACGUUUCUCGGCGCGUGAUACAAAAGGUCCGGUUGCACCGAAUAACGGUACCCGACCGCGAGUAUCCCCGGCGACACGCGUGUACGAAUAACGUGUAUGAAAGCCACGCGUGUAUACGAGAACGCCUCGCGUGGCACGAAACUUUUAAUCGCUAUCCGCUCCCCGGAUAAGAAAGCGACGUAACGAUUUUAGAGAAAAAUCCGUCCGAUAUAUAAAUAUUCUCCUUCCUUUCGCGGAAGAUUCCUCGAUAAACGGAGGAGAAGACGCUCCGUCCUUCUCCGCUCGACAGCUAAGCCUCCACGUCGUAUAUCUCCAUCCGUGUAUACAUACAUAUAUAUAUAUAUCUCCUUUACGCGACGAUUAAAACGUACCACCUACGUUUAUAUUUAUCUAUCACGGGUUAUCUCUGCCGUGCGAGCAAACAAGGAGAAAAAAAAAAGAAAAAGAAAUGGAACUCGAGAGGUAUGUCGUUUCGAUAUCGCGUAUAUAUAUAUAUAUGUAUAUAUACACACGUAUUUACGCGUCUCAAACGAGAGACGUUUGAAAUGAUUCGAUACCGUUCCAAGUACCGUGUGUAGAUACGCGUGUUCGAACGAAUACGGUAAGUUAGGUACAUGCGCUUCUUCGUUGGCCUUAUUCGCGACGGAUGUCACCGUUGUACACCUUACGAUAUAUAUAUAUAUAUAUAUAUAUAUGUAUAUAUCGAUCGCCCGAGCUCAGUCUACCGGACGAUCGAUAGCUAGUGAAGUUAGAUGCGGAAUAACGUUGAGAGAGAGAGAGAGACAGAUAUAUAUAUAUCUAAAAUUGUCCAUCCGCGGUAUUUAUACAUUCGUGGAAAAGCUUUACGUGUCCUUUUUGGAGAGUUUCGGGACCACCUUGACGUUAAAAAGUUUACCCUAGUGGAGACCACCGCAACGUCGGCCGAGAUAUUUUAUUAUCGUCGAUGAGAGAAGCGCCGAGAGAGGAGGGGAAACGAGGACGGAGCUCGAUCAUCGGUGGGAUGGAACGGUGGUCGGCGCGGCUCGCGAUUCUGUGCACGGUGAUCGCGAGCGUACGCUCCACCGACGACUUUCGACGCAUAGCCUACGAAGAUUUGGCGAACACCAGCCUGUUCCAACAAGAGGGAGUCACGUCGUAUUCCCAACUGCUGUUCGACGUGGCUAGACAACAGGUCGUGGUCGGCGCUCGAGAUAAUUUGUACCGGUUGACUCUAACGUCGCUGUCACCCCUCGAACACGCCUCGUGGCCAGCGCCCGAAAACAAGACCAAUACCUGCCAGAACAAGGGGCAGAGCGUGGAAGAUUGUCGCAAUUAUGUCAAGGUGUUGCUUACCAAUGGAAAAAGUCUGUUCACUUGCGGCACGUACGCGUUCAGCCCUUGGUGCACGUGGAGAGAGAUCGAAAACAUCAGUAGCGUGACGAGCGAGAUGUCGGGUGUUGCGAUGAGUCCUUAUUCGCCACACGCGAAUGUCACCGCUUUAUUGGCAAGAGGGCCAACCGGUGGACUCUUCACGGGGGCGCCUACUGACUUUUCUGGCUCUGAUCCAGCCAUUUGCAGAACACUUGCUUCGCCAAAUCUCAGAACGCACCAAUACGAUUCCAGAUGGCUGAACGAUCCUCAGUUCGUCGGCAGUUUCGAAACCGAGGACCACGUGUACUUUCUGUUUCGCGAAUCAGCCGUCGAAUACAUCAAUUGCGGCAAGAAAAUCUAUUCGAGGAUAGCUCGAGUGUGCAAGAACGAUCGCGGUGGACAAAUAAUGAUGAGAGAGGUAUGGACCACGUUCAGCAAGGCACGAUUGAAUUGUUCCCUUCCAGGCGAAUUUCCUUUCUACUACGACGAAAUUCAAGGCGCGGUUUAUCAUCCCGAGGAAAAAAUCGUCUAUGCGACGUUUACCACGCCCAUCAACGGUAUUGCCGGCUCGGCUAUAUGCGCGUUCAACAUGUCCGCGAUCACCGCAAGCUUCAACGGACCCUUCAAACAUCAAGAGAAUUCUGGCGCUGCGUGGGAGAGGAGGCCGGUCUCUCAUCACAAUCGACAACGGUGCGGCUCGUUCGCGAACGUCGCCCCCCAUCAGAUCAUAGAUAACCAGAGGUACCAAUUGAUGGACGAUGCGGUUCAAAGCACCACUCUCGAACCUUUGCACACCGCUCUGCUCGAGAGAUUCACGUUGAUCGCUCUCGACGUGACGCCGACCAAGUUGCAUCGCAGCGUCACCGUACUCUACGUCGCCACCGACGUUGGCUUGCUCAAGAAAAUCUCGGUUUUACCUCGAACGCAAGAGACCUGUAUCGUCGAGGUGUGGGGUCCGCUACCUUCCACGCCGAUCACCUUGCAAUUCUUAAAAGAUACCCAAAGUUUGUACGUCGGUACUGAAUUCGGUUUGUUGAGAAUACCAGCCGCCCAGUGUCAUCGACACCGAACUCGCCAGUCCUGUCUGAACGCGCAAGAACCGUAUUGCGGUUGGAACGAGCAUCUGAUGAAAUGUGCGCCAGCCCCGAAACAAAAUCACCUCGCCAAUCAUUGGCACCAGGAGGUGACCAAGUGCCCUGUACUCACGGAUCCCGUGGACGGUGGUUGGAGUGCCUGGAGCUCGUGGUCUCCGUGUCAACACGGCACGGCGGAACACUCGCACUCGCACUCCCAUUCGCAUCUUCAUUCCGAGCAUGUCGAAGCGCCCGCGGACAUCUGUCAGUGCCAGACGAGGGAUUGCAACAACCCGCCUCCCCAGCAUGGAGGAGCACCUUGCACCGGCGCGAGGGUUAGAGUGACCAACUGCACGGUUCACGGCGAGUGGACAGCUUGGUCGGCCUGGUCGGCGUGCUCGCAGACCUGUGGAUUCGCGAUGAAAACGCGACGACGCACGUGCACGAAUCCAGCCCCGGCUUUCGGUGGCCGGGUCUGCGUGGGACACGACCACGACGACAACAUCUGCAUAGACCUUCCACCAUGUCCGGCGAAAGACGAGGCACCGCCGCCCGAAUCGUUCGGCCAGUGGUCCUCUUGGGGUGGCUGGAACGCUUGCUCCAGACCCUGCAACGGUGGAAUACGAAUACGAAGGAGAACGUGCGAGAAUCCUUCGCCACGAAAGUCUACCACAGUCGAGUGCAACGGAUGCGACACCCAGACCGAGGAAUGCAACACUCAUUCGUGCAUCGAGACGAAAAGAUAUUCCGGCUGGACACCGUGGCUGGCGGCCAACGGCAGCUUUCAGAGUUCGAGCAUGGGUUACGUCGAGAAACGGUUUCGAUUCAGUUGCCGCGCGCAAACGGAUGACCCGUCCAGCGUGAGGGUUCAGCUGGCCAAAGAGGAGGAACGGUAUUGCAGGAACGAUGGCUCCUGCAUGAGGAGAAACGCGAAUCAGAAAUCAUACUCUGAUCUCGCGAUGGAGACCGGAUGGGGCGAAUGGUCCGCUUGGAAGACUUGCGACCGCCUCUGCGGCGGAGGUUCUCAGCACAGGAUCAGGCAAUGCGAAUCGCCGCCGUGCGAUGGUUUGUCCGUGCAGACCAGGCAAUGCAACGUGCAUUCGUGCCGACCGAGCGCAGUCGGGGAUAUUGCGAUGGAAGGGCAGUGGUCCUGCUGGACCGACUGGUCCGAGUGCUCGGUUUCGUGCGGCGUCGGGAUACGCUCGAGAACGAGAGAAUGCCUCGGGCCGGAGAGCUGCGAAGGAUCGAGUUUGGUCAGGGAGACUUGCGAGAUGGCCAGUUGCGAAUCGUUGAUCGGUUGGGACACGUGGUCGCGUUGGACGCCUUGCGAUAAUGAUCAUCAACAGUACAGAAAGAGACAAUGCCUCCAACACGGCGGUGGAAUGUGUCAAGGGGCCAGCAGAGAAACACGCGACUGUUUACCAGAUUGCUCGGGCAAUGAGGUGAACGCUUUAUGGUCGAUGGAACGUUCAGGCAUAACGAUCGGCGCUGUGGUGGGCAGUUGCGUGGCCGGUUUCCUACUUGGCUUGGCCGUAACCGCAAUUCUAAGCUUCUUCUAUUUGAAACGGCGACAGCAACGAAUUCCAGGCAGUCCUCAUUAUAUCAGCAAACAAAACUCCUACGUUACGGUUCCUAUGAAGGAGGUAAACACCAAGCGACAACCUAGUUUUUCUGGUAGUACAAACGGUAACGGAACUCUUCGUGGAAAGAAUAAUCCAAAUGUGAAUACUCUUGGAAGUCCUAAAUUAUAUCCAAAGAGUCUUGAUUACGAGUCUGCUACAUUGAAGCGCAACAGUCAUGGGCAGCAACAUAUUCGAGUCGAUCCGGAUCAAGACAAAUACUAUUGAACGAUCAAAGUGCAACACGCACGAAGAAACGUAUAAAUUUAUUUCGUCAUCUGAUGAUUUCCGCGUUUCGAAAAAAAAAAAAAGAAAACACGCGAGACUAAUAUCUACGAACAAAUAUCGCCAUGAAGGCGUAAAGCAAGCACAGCGAUUUUUAAAUAACAAAUGAUUAUCUAUCUCGCGAUCGCGCGUGCUCGAAUAUCAACUUAACCGAAGACUAAAAUCCAAACGGACCAGGGACAAAGGCGCAUGCACUUAAACAAAUCGCCUUUACUUGAUAAAUCAAGUGAUAUUUAUCCUGUAUACAGUUUUAUUUUGUGACAGACACGAACACAUCCGAUUUCGCGUCAUAUGAUUCAGUGCCAUCGUUACGACGAACGCUUGCAUCAUUUUACAAUAUCGUUACAAAGACGAACGAUAAAGAACGGGCGUGUAACGUAUCGAAUUGUACCUAUUACAUUUUACAAUUGUGUGCAUUUAAAUGUGUGCGAUUAAAAUAUGAGUGAGAGAUUGUGAACGAGUUGUGCGUAUGUGCAUUCAUGCGAAUAUAGAGCGUGUGAUUCGCGCAUUUUUUAUUAUUGGCUCACAUUGAGUCGUGGUUAUGCGUCAAGUUAUGUAUGGAAAGAAGGAUAAUCGAAAAUGAAAGAGAGUAGAAAGAUAAAAAUAUUCAUAUGCGCGUCGCGAUUCGGCGUAAAAGAUGACCAAGCUUUUAAGACUCGAUUUAGCCGGGAGUUUGAUUCGAAUUAUUUCGAGUCGACGAAUUUUGUAAACGCUUCAUGCCGUGGCAUAGUAUCACGCGAUUAUAAUAAAAGUAACGAGAUGAGCUCGCAAUAAUAAA